GAAACUACCAAUUUUCAAAUAUAUGCAUAGUUAUAUAUAUUGUACUUAAAAGAGAAAACAACAAUCUUUAGUGAUAUUUAUUUAAUCUCCGUUAGUUCCGUUUUAUAUGGGGUAAAGUCUCCCAACAAACACGGUUUUCAACUCUUAAACCAAAGAAAUGCAAGCACAUUGAUUCCUCCAGAGAAGAAAUUUUGAAUCUGUCUAGCUUGUUUUGUGUUAAUCUUAUCUGCAGACAAAAUCUCCCAUUUUUCAUGUUCCAAUCAAUGGAACAUUAAAAAUUCAUAGAUUUUCUCCUGCAGAAUUUGGAUUUACCGACAGGUUUGGGUCAGAUUGUAAAGAGAAAAUAAAGAAAGAAUGGGGGUGGAUUAUUACAAUGUGUUGAAAGUGGACCGGAAUGCAACAGACGAUGAUCUGAAAAAGGCAUAUAGGAAACUGGCAAUGAAAUGGCAUCCUGACAAGAACCCAAACAAUAAAAAGGAAGCCGAAGCCAAUUUCAAGCAGAUUUCUGAGGCCUAUGAGGUCUUGAGUGACCCUCAAAAGAGAGCAAUUUACAAUCAGCAAGGUGAAGAAGGGUUGAAAAACAUCCCUCCACCAGGCAGCGGUGAGUCAUCAAGAAAUGGCUCUGGUUGGUCGAGUGGGUUCAAUCCUAGGAAUGCCGAGGAUAUAUUUGCCGAGUUCUUUGGAAGUAGUCCUUUCGAGUUCGGGUCAGCAGGACUUGGUAGGUCUGCAAGAUUCCACUCUGAUGGAGGGAAGUUUGGAGGAUUUUGUUGCACCGACAACAAUUUUCGAACGUACAAUGAUACAACUCCGCCCAGGAAACCAUCCCCAGUUGAGAGCAAAUUGCCUUGCACCCUGGAAGAGCUAUACACUGGAUCAACAAGGAAGAUGAAGAUCUCGAGAACUGUUGUCAAUGCAUCUGGGCGGCAGACACAGGAAUCGGAAAUAUUAACCAUUGAUGUGAAGCCAGGGUGGAAGAAAGGAACAAAGAUCACUUUCCCAGAUAAAGGAAACGAACAGCCAAAUCAGCUUCCAGCAGACCUUGUAUUUGUAAUCGAUGAAAAGCCACAUGAUCUUUACCAAAGGGAUGGCAAUGAUCUCAUCGUCAACAAAAAGGUGUCACUGGCAGAGGCACUUGGGGGCACAACAGUAAAUCUAACUACUCUUGAUCGCCGUAACUUGUCAUUGCCGGUGACCGACAUUAUCCACCCGGGUUACGAGCUCGUUGUCGCUAUGGAAGGAAUGCCAAUUGCAAAGGAGCCUGGGAAUAGGGGUGCUCUUAGGAUCAAAUUUGAUGUGAAGUUCCCUAUGAAGUUGACAUCGGAGCAACGUGCCGGACUCAAACGUGUUCUUGGGGGUUGAUGUAGGAAAUCUUUCCCUAUUGCAUUGCCACCGGUACGUCGAAUGUUGUCCGAUAUAGUCCUUCACUGGCAUCUUGCUUCUUCAAUCAGGUAGAGAGUUGCCUGUGUAUCAUAGUUUAACCGUCUCUUCAUUUUUGGUGCAUUGUACUCUCCAUGCAA